UGAAGGCGCUUGAUCGUGCAGAAAAAAGUACGACAUGGCUAGGAUAUCUCUAAAGAUAAUAUUACCAACUCUCUUUCUUCUCUCCGCCAUCCUCUCUGCACUCUCUGCUGGGUUGAGGACAAAAGGAUUCACAAAGAUUACGACAUGUGACGACAUCACCAGCACAAUGUCUGGGCCGGUGCUGACCCAGAUGGAGUGUGCUGUGGCAUGUGCACGAUACGACUCGUGUAAAUCAUUUUCGGUUAAAACGACAGCGCCGCUACUCUGCAACCUGCACAGUGCAUACCUAAAAGCCGGCGAGUGUGAAGGGCAAUACAUUCACUAUAAUGACAUUGACAACCCUUGUUUUCACGGUGGAGACUAUGACGUUUCAAGCAACACCUGCGUCUGUUACGGCGGCUACGUUGGCGACCUGUGCAAAAGGCUCAUGCAAGACUGCACUGAAGGGAACCUCUACAGUUACUAUGCCAAUCAAGACGCUAACUUCCUGUGCCAUCCGAACGGUGCUCCUGGGCCGAUCGAGGUCCACUGUCUCAUGAUGUAUGGAGGAAGGACGCUUAUCAUGACCCAGACUUCAGGAAAUGAGAAUUUUACCAGGACGUGGGAGGAGUACAAGAUGGGGUUCGGUAGUCUCUCAGGUGACCACUGGUUGGGCAAUGACAAUGUACAUUACAUAACUAGUGGCAGAAGACAGUACCUUGUUAUUGAACUUAGGACACCCGGUGCUGACCACUUCAAUCAACUAGCGCAGCGGAUCUACGAGGACUUCCGGGUAGGACCGGAAGUAGACGACUACAAGAUGAUCUUUUCCUCCAACUAUCCUAACAUAGAAUGGGUGCAGCAUCCAGCAGAGUCUCUUGUGAGCGACACGCCCUUCAGUACCCCAGAUGUGGACCACUCCGGGGCAGCUGGUGUGACAAAGUCUGGCUUCUGGUUUACCAACCCUCCUGAGUGUAAUCCAACUGGGCGGCUGAAACCAACAGACACUUUCUGGGGCGGGGACACAACUGAUGUGUUCUGGAAGGAUGGUAUUGACGGAGAGGCUGUUAACAAGAUCCAUGUCUAUAUGCUCAGUGGCCAUCCAAGUGACCAUGGGUGAUCCUGUUACAGGUCCGCCAAGUACCUGGAAUGAUGCUUUAUCUCUAAGUCUAAGUCAGGUCAUAUUUUCAUCCUUAAUAUGCUGUUGAAAGUAAAAUUGUUUAUCCUUAUCUAAAGCCUUCAAGAAUAAUAGUAGUAUUGAUUACUACCGCAUAAACCCUCUUACUCACUUACGUACUUGACCUCACAAUUGUUUUCAUGAAUAUACGUGCCGAUACAAAACAAUGUCCGCUGGUGUGGUGUGAUGUAGCCCUAUAGUUUCUUAUUCGUAAACUUAGGAACAUAAAAUAUUCCUCACCGAACAUCCAACAUUGAAUUGGACGACUUCUGCCGUAGCCCACAGGCGACUGGUUUAUUCGAUUGAUGAUGACAAAUUAGACACGACGGGUACACUAAUGGCACUAUAUACAAAUACCCUUGGUACUUACAACUGUUUUGUGUGGGACAAAAAUAUAGCUACUUCAAACAAUUUGAUUGCUCCUAAUUAUAGAAAUUAUUUAAAUGUUCUCAAUGGUAAUUUCUCACUCGAUUCUGCGACUGUAUUCGUCACAUAUACUUUCAUAAACCUUCCGUUUAAUUCCAUGUUCACUGCGGUUUUCUUGAAUGAAUAGUAACGACGAUUCAUUUCUUUC